UUCAGUGAUCGAUAUAUACUAGCAAUGUUCUUUGCCUGCUGCGUUGUAUAUGGGCAUGCUUGUGUGACGUGCCUAGGUGUCGGAGGCUGCGCUGCAAUAAAGAGGCAGUUGGAAUAAGCGUCUCAGCAUAACAAGUACACCACCACAGCGCGCCUCCUGUUCAGCUCAGCCUCGUCACUGAAGUCACACUGGAGGAAAACAGGAGCACGGAGGCACAUGCGACCAUACCAGUGACGCAUCCACACCGAUAAAACAAGGCCGCAUAAGGUUGUGACGCAAGGACAGCUUUUUACAACUUUUUAUUUCAUUGACAGCCUGCUGGAUUUGAUUUAGCAGACAUGGGGAGCAAGACUCUGCCAGCACCAGUUCCUCUCCACCCAUCACUUCAGUUGGCCAACUGUUCCCUCAUCCAGAGUUCAACAGGUCUUCAGCUGCCUGCAGAUCAUUUUCACAGCAUCUACAGCUUUAGCGCCCUGCAUGCCGUCCACCUUCACCAGUGGACCCUGGGGUACCCAGCUUUUGCCCUGCCCCGCUGCACCAUCUCUAAGCUUCCUUCCCAGAUUUCCUGUAUGGCAUCCAUCCCCAUUUUCCCUCACCUUCUGCCACCUAAGCAAGACUCGGCAGGGUUGCUACAGACCUUCAAAAACAAGCCUCGCUUUGACUUUGCCAACCUGGCAGCAGCAGCAACCAAAGAGGAUCAGUUAGAGGUGGAGGACCUGAGCAUGACAGUGAGCGCUAGUGCUUCUGCGGCGCAGGCAUCAUCUCCACACCUGACCGCAGCCAGCCUGGGAUGCAUGCUUGAUGUGACCAAACUUACUUCACCAGAGCGCAAGUCUAGUCGAGGCCGACUGCCUUCAAAGACCAAGAAAGAAUUUGUCUGCAAGUUCUGUGCCCGACAUUUUACCAAAUCCUACAACCUUUUGAUCCACGAGAGGACACACACAGAUGAGAGGCCAUAUACAUGUGAUAUCUGUCACAAGGCCUUCAGGAGACAGGAUCACCUCAGGGACCACAGGUACAUCCAUUCUAAAGAAAAGCCCUUUAAAUGUCAGGAGUGUGGAAAGGGCUUCUGUCAGUCCAGGACUCUGGCCGUCCACAAAACAUUACACAUGCAGAUCAAGGAACUGAAGCCAGCCAAGAUCAAGUGAUUCACUCAACAGGGACCAGGGCACUGAACGAAAACCAAAGAAAACAUGAGUAAAAAACAAACAAACAACCCCCCUGCCCCAAGACUUUAAUCUCAGAACUUAAGAUAAUGUUUAAGAAAGAAACAUUUCACCAACCAUUUCUUACAGAAAUAACGGAGUAGUGGAUAAAUGUAUAUUUACUUAUCAAGCCUGACUUGGAAGAGAAACCAGUGGAUGUGUAGAAACAAAUUUAUCUCCCAUUGAAUAUCACAUUCCCAUGCUAUUUUUUUACAGAAAUAUUAUAUCAAAACAUAUUUUUGCACUUUAACCUGAUUAUUUACAUUUAUCUCUUGAUGUCUUAAAUUUAUUUUCAAAAUGAAUAAUCGUUUUAAAUAAACAUUUUAGCGUAAAUUGAUGGCCACGUGUGCAAGUUUGUGUGAAGUCAAAUAAUAUUCUAUUUGUUAAGAAGUUAGUUAAGAUGGUCACAAGAAGCUACAUUUAGAUCAAUCCACCAUGGUUUGAAACUCACAACAAUGAAAAUGACAGUAAUGAGUAAUGAGAGGUCUCAUUUACAGUACAGUGUAUAUUAUUAUUAAAAGUGAAUAUAUGCGCAAAACUCAAAAAUAGUGUGUACUUAAAGAUGAUCUGUUUGAUGAAAGCAUUUAUCCACCUGCAAACAUCGCUUUCAUUACAGAUUCCAUCUAGAAAUUUGAACAUGUAGAUAAGCUUCAUCUUCUGCCCAACAUGGAAGUCAUUGUCACUUUGCCUUGAGGUUAGGGAAUGAAUCUUGAGUAAACAGCUAUCUUGGAUGCUGGAGGUGCUCUAUCUGGGAACUCCAUUGUCCUACUGAAGAUUUAAAUAUCCACAUGUUGAGACUGACGAUUGAUUUUGUAAUCAUACCAUCAGAUCUGUAGCUGUAUGUCCUGGACAUGGGUGAAAAGAUCGGAGCUGCCAACUAAUCACCACCUAGUGGUGAACUGGAUCAUGUGACAGAAGGAAAUUAGUUACUAGAAGCCCAGUGUACCCAAAUGCAGACACCGUAGCAUUCUGAAAGAGGCUGUGGGCACUGAGUCAGAGUGGACCAUAUUCUGUGCAUUUACUAUUGAGGAAGCUGUUGUGGCCUCGACAAUAGAGGGGGUUUCAGCUGGAAGGUCAUUGGUGCUAGUGGUAAUUCCUGGACCAGAUGGUGGACACCAGAGCCUGAAGGAGGAUACCCGUUGAGCUUGGUUAAUCUGCGGGUUUCCAGAGGCAGCUGGCAGGCCAAGAGGACUUGGCUUUGGCAGUAGAUGAAGCAAAAACUUCUGUGUGGGAGUUUGGUGAGACCAUCGAGCAAGACUUUCAGUUAAGACUUUUCCACACCAGAUGCGUAACAUCUAUGCAAAUAUUUUGUGUGUUAAAAUUUUCUCAAACCAACAACAUGAUUUUGCUGGAGGAAUUUUCAAAAGGAAAUUUUUUAACCAAGCUCGUGUUUUUGGAUCUGAAUAACCAGUUCUGACCAAUCAACCACUGCUUUUGGCAACAAGUGUGCUUGUAGAUAAAAACACGCACUCAUGCUGAAUAUACAGUGAUAUGGAAAUAAUAAAAUACUACUAUUUUACCUCAGACAGACUGCUAAACACUGCUCCAGGUCAAUAAACUCUCUGAAAUUAUUUCUCUGCCUCCUCAGAUGUUGUGCCAACUCUGUCAACAGGAGCUCGAACUGCACCCCUGAAAUAUACACGAGCAUGGUAGUAGUGACACAGAUUCAACUCCUAGAAACCAUGAAAUUCUCCCUUGUGCUGCAGGAAUAGAUGGGUGAAUGAAUGAACCCAGAACCUCAGUUUCUUUUUUUCUUGUUUAGAAACAUCAGGACCAGCUCAUCAUCACUUGAUGUUGACGUCAUUAUUUUCAAUGUGCAUUUUUUAGGACAAAAUUUCCACAAAAAUACAACAUGUUGAGCGCAUACAUACAAUACACAAGACGUCUGCAGAAUCUGGAGCUGGGGGGAAGACUUGUCCAUUACUGGAGGUGAGGUCACUGAUGUAGUUAAACAAGUCCUGAGUUUUUGGGUCCCUGGGCAUGGAUGAGAUUCACCACAAAUUCCUUAAGGCUGUCCAAGUUGACAUGUCUCUACCACAUUGCAUGGAGGUCUGGGAUGGGCUCUCUCCAUGUCAGACUGGGGUGCUAGUUCCCUUUUUAAGAAGGUGGAUCAGAGGAUGUUCUUCAUCUGCAGGGAAAUCAUACUUCUCAGCAUCUCCAGAAAAGUCUAUGGAGGAGACCCAAGGAGGGGAGAUCCUGUCCGUUAGUCAAAUCUCAGGUUCAGGUUGAUUUUCCUCCUGGUUACCGCAACAACAAUACAGAGAAAACCCCAACAAUCAGACAAUCCCCUAUUUGGAAGAACUUGGUGACUGUGGGAAGGAAAAACUUAGUUUUAACAGGAAGAAACUUUGGACAGAAGCAGGGCAGCCAUCUGUGACAACUGUUUGAGGUUGAGGGGAGGAAGACAAGAUAAAAGACACUGUCAUGGUCCAGUGUUUUUAGUCUCUUUUGUGGACUAAUGAUUUGUUCUUUUGAAUUUAAGAAAUAUCAUAUUUAAUAUCUAUAUUUCUAGUACUUGGUGAUUGUGUUAGUACCCUUUUGUGUCUAGUCUAUCACAGUCCCAUCUCUGUGUCUUGUCAUCAGCGUCUCCUGUGCCAGUCAGUCAUGGCUCCAUCUUUAUUCACCUUUUUGUCUGGAUUGUAUUUUGUCUGUAUUCUGUCUCUGUCAGGAAACAGUUAUGUCUUGUCUUUUUUGUUGUUGUUCUUGAUAGUACCUUGUCUCAUGUGCAUUAUGUUCAGUUUUGCUUCCCCUGUCUCAUUAUGUCUAUUUUGUUCCUGCUGUGUUCCCCAGCCGUCUCCACUCCCCUAAUCACCCCUAAUCUAUAUAUUGACCGAGUCACCCUUUGUUCUUCCUCUGCCUUUCAUACCCUCCGCACAUCUGUGUUUGGGUCCUCUAACUUGUCGUAGUCCACCUGUGACAGUACGCUCUGAGCAUCAAUGGACAUAGAAGAUAUACAAUACAAACCUCGACUGCAAUGUUCUAUGGCUGUCUCUUCUUCACUCCAACCUCCAGAGAAGGAACUGAUUUUAAGAGUCAGGCGUACUUGAUUUUAUGACCAAGUACGCCUGCUCUCUGCCGCCACCGCCAUCAGCUUCCCACAUUCGAAAGCUUGGCUCUCGAUGGUGGAAGCUAGAUCGACAGACAGAGACCUGCAGCUUCACUCCGGAAUGGGUAUUUGCUCCGAUGCUGGGUACAACUGUCUGUGCUCUUUUGUCCAAGGUUUCUUGCCUUGAUGCCGAUACACAACGCCCUGGCUGUCCCACCAGGGGUCUGGCUAAAGUUUUGUGUUUGAUGUUUCAUUUAUCUUUCAUGUUUUGCCUUUUGUACCCAGUUAUUGGCCAAAUAAAUAGCUCACUUUUUGUUAAUUUAUCCUGCCUUUGAGUCCACCCGUUACAGACGUGCAAUCAUUCCUAAAUGAUUAAAUGCAAGUGGUGUAUAAAUAUACAGUGAGUGGAAAAGGUGAGUGAAGAAGAAACAUCCAGUGCAUCACAGAAGCCCCCAGAAGCAUUGGAAGAUUCAGGGUCACCUGAUCCAGCCCUAAGUAUAUGCUUUAGCAAAAAGGAAAGUUUGAAGCUUAAUGCUAAAAGUAGAGAAGGUGCCAUUCUCCCGAAUCCUGACGAUAAGACACAACCUGAUUAUUAAAGACCUCAGCAGUGAGCAUAGAAACAGAAGCAUUAUUACCCAGGUCGUAACUGGUAAUGGUACUAUAACAAAAACUGAAGUGUAGACAGAUAAACAUGGACGAUGUUUCAACGUACAAUAGGAUUCCAGUAAUAC